GUAUCAUCUCAAGGUGUCACAAUAACAGAUAACACAAGGCGACUUUUCUUUAGGCGGCAUUAUCCUGUACAAUCCGUUACAUAUGCCGGUUUGGAUCCUUCUGAUCGAAGGUGGGAUAAUUCAUACUUGGAAGGUAGUAUGACAAAAUAUGUUAAAAAUGCUCGAAUGUUUGCUUUUGUCGCACGUAAGAUUGGUUCAAGAACGGAUAAUACAUGUCAUAUAUUUGCAGAAUUAGAACCUGAACAACCUGCUACAGCUGUUGUAAAUUUUAUUACUAAAGUUAUGAUGGGACGCAGAUAAAAAAAAAAAUUAAUUUUAU